AUGUCGGUCAAUUCGUUUACGAUCAAGUACUCACUACAACUUGCAUUGAAAUACAAGAAGUAUUACAAGAGCCUUUUCCUUGGGUUCAUCGAUUUAGCGAGUGUGAACGCAUUCAUCGUGUACAACCAGCGGCGAGUUGCCGAAGGGGAAAAAAAGAAUUCGCACAUCAAGUUCCUCAAGCAGCUUCACUUAGAGCUCGUUCAAAUGCAAGAAGCGGAUUGGGAGAUAGUAUGCGGUACCCAGCAGACACCAACAAAGUCGCGGAUGGGUGGCCCAGUCCCGCAUCGCGUGCAUAAACUCGUCCAUGUAGAUGAGUGGCGGGAUGGCAAUAACGGGGCAAGGGCGGAAGCGGCGUCAACGCUCCUAGCAUGUAAGCUCCCUACGUCUUCGAAGAAGCUGGUGGCUGCUCGUGUGUACCUGUGUAACAAGAUCAAGUACAAGGUAGACGGAAGGCAGCUGUCAUUUUACGAUAUCUGGCACACAAGCUGGCGGAACGGGACCAACAUACCUCCAUCAGUUAAGAUUAACCGGAUUCGCGCGCGCGCACUCCAGGAAGCUCGACAGGCGCUGGUACUAGCGCAGACGGGAGUGACGUAG